CGGCACAAGGCUGUCACCCAAUGGCGGACGAAGUUUGUGUCCUAUGCGGAAUUAGGCCGUUUGGCGGUCCUACCUGGUUGUGCAGCUCCUCUGAGACACACGCAACAAGGAUCGCAAAAGAUAUCUGCGACGCCGGUGCGGUCGAUCUGCCUCUCACAGAAGUAAAAUCCAACCUCCUGAAGGCCAUCUCCGUUGAGAACCUCGACUUUUUCGAGGGAGAUCCUAGGAUGACUGUCGAGUCGGGCUACGAGGAUGAUUGUAUUGCGAUUGGAUACUUCGACUCCACGGGCUCGUACGCCCCUUGCAGGCACCAUGGUCGGCCACUCCACCCUACGGGUGACGACGUCAGGGUCCGACGCGUUAACGUACCCUUCAGCGGGGCGAAGUUUACUGCAGUUAUUACGAUCAUCGAUGGCGAGCGUCAGGCGGCGACCUCCGUGAGCAACUGCAACACCAUGCAAAGGGAUUCUACCUCUAGUGACAGGAUGUGUAUGGAUUCUGACCAGUGUUGCAACGUGUGGGUCCACCUGGCCUGUCAUGCCUAUUUGGAAGCAUGGCUUGACUGCGCACACGCGCCGCGCCUCGGGAGACAUGGCCAGUUGCUUAGCCUUACGAGCGAGCUUUACGAGAUCGUGGCAUCACGCCGACAGCCCCGAGUAAGCUUCCGGGGUGCGCUUCCCAGUAUCGACUAUGGCGGGACUCUCGAGGCGUUCAUGGGAGUCCCGUACCAGGACUACAUCCUUGGUACCCGGAAAGGCGCCAGACACAUUGCAAAGGCAUUGCGUGAGGGCAUACGCAACGAAAGGCUGAUACCGGCGAUACUCGAAGAUUGUCGUCUUUGGAUGUUUGUUCGGCCGGACAUCUGGCCGAUUGCAACACCCGAUUACCUCUCUGCUAAGACCUCCGUCGGUCACCAAGGCGUGCCACAGCCGCACGCCGCUAUUUGUGCACUGCCUCUCGAGCUUCUACCGGUGCUCCUGCAAUAUCUCAACCUCGAGGGCAUCUUCGCGCUCGCACGCACCUGCAAAGACCUGCACGCCAGUGUUCUCGACCGCGCGACGCUAACGCACGCGCUUCGCCUCUCAGGAGCCAAUGUCGGCAGCUGCUUACACUGGCUGAUGCCCGUUCCAUCAUUGCGCGAGGAGUGGGAGGCGGCGUGCGAAGCAAUGAACACAUGGCUUCCGCCGCUGCUACCUCAGGCCGUGCUCAAGGUCGAACUAAAGGACACCAGCGACAGCACAGAAUUCGGUUCUGACGUCGAUGACAAGGACGACAGCUCUGACAACGAUCCAGACGGCUUCGUAGACGCAGAGGGGGCCGGCAACGCUGUCCCGGUUCUGUUAAAUACGACUACUACACCACAUCUACCACUUUUGCCGCUGUUCAAUCUCGCUUUCCCGCUCGUGUCGUUUUUGCGGGCAUGCGCACGCUAUGAGUCCAUGCGUGCGCGUAGGCGGCGAUGGGAGCUUAUCAAACAGUGGGACACACUAUUCACGAACUACCGAAGGGACGGGUGGGACAGAGACGAAUUUUGUCGUCCUGGGACGACGUGGGCAGUUCAUGGUGGAACGUAUCAAUGCCAAUGCGAAGGCAAGUUUUGACGAGCUUUUUUGUGAGAUAGGGUCGUGCGCCACUUUUGAUGAUGAUUGGAAUAUCGGA